CCCCUCCAUCCUCCUCCCACCAUUUCUCAGGUGGCUUUUGCUUUUCUUCUCCUUAUUUCCCCUCUCAAUUUCACUUUUCUUCCAUUGAACAUAUUUGCAAAAUGGCCGCUCCUCAAGGAUACCCUCUGCUGUGCUUGGAGAACCCUCUCCUUGACAUCCAGGCUCGCGGUGAUGCCGCUUUUCUCGAGAAGUAUGGCCUGAAGGAGAACGAUGCUAUCCUUGCCGAGGAGCAGCACAUGGGCAUCUACGAGGACCUCCUUGCCCGGGAUGCUAAGCUGAUUCCCGGUGGUGCUGCUCAGAACACUGCCCGUGGCGCUCAGUACCUGCUCCCCGAGAACUCGGUCGUCUACAUUGGCUGCAUUGGCAAGGACAAGUUCGGUGACAUCCUGAAGAAGACCUGCGAGGAGGCUGGUGUCCACACCGAGUACCGCGUGGACGAGGCUCAGCCCACUGGUAAGUGCGGUGUUGUUAUCACCGGCCACAACCGCAGCAUGUGCACCCACCUCGCUGCUGCCAACGAGUACAAGAUUGAGCACCUGAAGCAGCCCCACGUCUGGUCUCUGGUCGAGAAGGCUCAGUUCUACUACGUCGGUGGCUACCACCUGACUGUCUGUGUCCCCGCCAUCCAGGCGCUCGGUGAGGAGGCUGCUGCGAAGAACAAGGUCUUCAUGCUCUCUCUUUCCGCCCCCUUCAUUCCCCAGUUCUUCAAGGAGCAGCUGGACAGCGUUCUCCCCUACACUGAUUACAUCUUCUGUAACGAGACCGAGGCUCGUGCCUACGCUGCCAGCCACGAGUGGGGCACUGAGGACGUUGUCGAGAUUGCCAAGAAGCUCGCCCGUCUGCCCAAGAAGAACACCCAGCGCCCUCGCGUCGCCAUCGUCACCCAGGGUACUCUGCCCACCGUUGUCGGUGUUGCCUCUGCCUCCGGCUCCGUCGAGAUUAAGGAGUUUGCAGUUCAUGAGAUCUCCAAGGAUGCCAUCAACGACACCAACGGUGCCGGUGAUGCUUUCGCCGGUGGCUUCUGCGCCGGUGUUGUCUCUGGCAAGUCUCUUGACGACAGCAUUGACAUGGGUCAGUGGCUCGCUAGCAAGAGUAUCCAGGAGCUUGGACCUUCCUUCCCCUUCCCCAAGCAGACCUACGCCCGCUCUUAAGCGGUCAAUUCUAUUGCAAAGAUAAACCGAAUAGAAAUCAAACCUUUCAACACAGAGAUUUUCUGAUGAAGGUCUCGGUGCAUCAAACACCUCGUUUGACAAUGCACCACGCAACCCUUGGAUGAUUCAACCCUCUAUACCCAAAUUUUCCUUUGAUGUCCUUAUUUCUCUUUUAUCCCAAAUCUAUCUAUCUCACCCACCACCUUCCUCGACUUAACGUCGAGCAAUUCAACGAAAAGGGAUGCUGUCCCUUCUGAAAUGAUCUUGCUUCUAUUCACUUUUUCUUCUCAUGCUAUCGCUAUUCCUGUUGAGGACGACCCACCCUAUGUCUGAAUAUGGUAUGGCCACAUGUGUGAUACAGAAAGGGGAGCAGGGCAGACAAAAAUCUGGGGAAUUACGCGCUGAAACAAGAGUGCCCCGUUUUCAACAACGAUUUAACGACUAGAUCAAUAUCAAAUAAAUCAUGCAGUUUUAUGAUUACCUGGCUCC